AUGUUCGCUUCUGUUGAUCGUCGCCUUCUCUACGGUCUAUUAGUGCCUAGCAGUUGUAUUAUUAUUGGUAGUAUCAUUUGGUAUUACAGUAAUCAGAAAAAAGGACAGAUUCGUUCAAAUCGUUCAGAAUAUCUUGUACUUGAAGUACGAGUUCCUGUCUAUUGCGUUGGAAGUAUAAUUGGUAAAGGUGGUGAAGUGAUAAAACGCUUUCAACAACAGUUUUCUGUUCGUUGUGUAUUUGCUAAAGAAGAUGAAAAAAGUUUGGAUGAAAACUAUCGAAUCUUAAUCAUUCGAGGUCAACAACAUCAUGUCUAUGAAGCCGAAGUGGAAAUACGUCGAAUGAUUGCUGAUUUACCACAGUAUGAACAGAUCGAAAUGUUCAUACCGGAAAAUGCUUGUGGCUAUUUGAUUGGACGAAAUGGUGCGACCAUCAGAGAUAUUCGGGAUACUUCGAAAGCACGUCUUAAUAUGGACAAGAAAAUCAUUGAUAACGUCGAAAAGAAGAACUUUUCACGGUUAAUUAUAUCGGGUACCAGUGAACAAAUUGCAGCAGCUAAAGCACUCGUCGAAGAACGACUCCAUAAUUUCGAACAAAAGCAACAAGAACGUGAAAAUAGAUCAGAUAUAAAACCGAGUUUUAUUUCCAAUGUUGAAAUUAUUCUCGAUGAUGAAAAUGAAGAUUAG